AUGGCCACCUUUAGGAAAGUGGAACGCAUUAGCUGUCCGCUCUCAGGUUGGGCAGUAAGGGUCGGAGAAGGGCAAUCACUCAUUCUUAAAACCAGCGUUCUUAAGGCCAAAGAGUCGGCGGAAAAGGGGGGAAAGCUCUCCGUUCCUGGUUUCCUAUGUACCAUUUUGAAAAAGCUUUAUCUCCUUAACAGUAUGUUUGGUGUGGAAGUCGUGCUUGGUUUGAUCAACGCUAUUUCUAUCUUCACAAAUCUCACCGACAUUUAUCUAGAAGCUUAUGAUUUCCGCAUUUCCAUUAGAUGGAAAAGUGUCAACUGUUCCUAUUACAUUCAAAUAUGUAUAAACCAUCAAGACUACAAUCAAAUACAAGUUGGGCUACCAAAUGGGAUUUGGUAUUGGCCUCUCAGGACAUGGUCGCUACAGAAAUAUAAUGCAGGUGACAUCAAUGGACAGUUGUUUCACCACGGAGGGCACCCAUCUAAGUUAAAUACAUAUUUAUGGAAGGAUACGUUGGUCGUCGGUUGGAUCUUGACUUAG